AUGGCAUCCGAAUACGAAAAGAAGACUGUCGCACAGCUACAAGAAAUACUCAAAAGCCGGGGUUUGACAGCCAACGGUAAGAAGGCUGAGCUCAUUGCUCGUCUUCAAGAAGCCGAUAAAUCCUCCAGUGAAACCAAGCCAACCGAAACCAAACCCGAUGCUACCGCCGAAGAUAUCAUCGACUGGGACGAUGAAGCGCCUGCUACCGAAGCACCGUUGAAAGAAAGCACGGAAGCUUCGACGGAAGCUGGCGCCGCUACUAUCGCUGCCGGUGGUCAGGGUCAAACACUCGGGGAAGAUCCAGCAAAGACGAGCGAUUUGCACGUUGAGUCGGCCCCUCAGGAACAACCUGCGGCAGAGGAGAAGCCCGCGGUCGACUACAGUAUCGGACUUCAGCCAACAGAGGUGGAGGAAGAAUUGAGGAAACGCAAAGCUCGCGCGGAGAAGUUUGGCAUCGUUGCAGAAACUGGAUCAGAGACGACGGAGGCAGAGAAGAUUCUUGAACGAGCGAAGCGAUUCGGAACAGGAGCCUCGAACGAUUCGGAUGUGGGUAUCAACCGUUUGGACCAAGCUCUUCCUAACGAGCGAGCACGGAAGCGCGGUCGAGGAGACGAUCAGGGUGGAAGGGGAGGCAAGCGACGGAACAAUGGUGGACGUAAUCGUCACCAGAAUAACAACCGCAAGGGCAAUAAUCCAACUGGUCGAAGCAACGCACCUAAGCCCGUGUUUAGUGAAAAGGAUAGAGCUGCGGCGGAAGCCAGGAAGAACCGGUUCGCUACAGCUGCGUGA